CACAAACAAGCCGAAGAGAGAGAGAAACAGGUGAAACAGGGAGAAGAAGAUAGAGAGAAGCAGGUAGAGUUGCUCAGAUUGCUUGUGAAGUGACAACCAAACUGAGGGACAGAGUUAUGAAUCACUAGGCUGUCAGUGCGGUGAGACAAGCUGACAGUGAUACCUGUACCUCGUCGAGAUGUUCUAUCAUGCCAUGCACCUCCUCAACUACACAGUUUCCAAGGCAGGUGCGCUAGACCUGCAUGAAGCCCAGUACUGCGCGUUAGCUGGAAGUAGAGAUGCAGGAGUGGUCUGCAACUGCGCGGCUCGAGCAAAGUCAUGUCCGGAGCCAUCGAUCGUAGGCACUACCCAGGGGUUUGCAGUGAAGCUUCCGAAGCUUGGAGACAGAGCCUCUGAAGCCGCGUUCAUGAAGUCUCAUCCCAACCUCGCGUACCUGCACAAAAACCCAUCGGUCAAAGGCAGGCUGGCUGUGGGAUGCAGCACCAUCAACAGUAUCGCAGCUGCUGGACUGCCUGGAUGUCCGUGAAGUCACUCAGUCUUUGAUGGUUUACUUGUGUUGCUUGCCAAGACAUGUCACAACGUG